GGAGGGAGGGAGAGAGUAGGAGAGAGAGGGGAGGGCAAACCCCCUACAUCUGGAAACCAUUGACAACAGGGGAGCGAAGAGGCAAAAACAUCGCGCUAAUAGAAAAGUGGAAAACUAAGGAAUAACAAAACAGCAGAUGAAGAAUAGAGAAAAAGACAAACACACAAGUCCAAGGCUGUAACAAAGAAAUAGGAAAGAGAAAAGGACUAAGAGAGGAACAGGGGGAGAAGCACUCAAGUACUACCACUGGAAGAAAGAAAGAGAGGAGUUUGGUUUUCAUCUGUGCUGCAUUCUUGAGGCGGACUCAAGGAGUUCUAACAAGGGAGUGCAAGGAGCCGUAUGAACUUCUAUGGAGUUUAAUCAAGGAAUCUGACCACAAAGGAUAUGCAUUAGCUGAGAAAAAUCCCAGUCUCAGCAAAGGCAUCUGGCCAAAUCAAAAGAGAAGUACUCAGGGUCCAGAGGAGGGCCUCUUCUGUCAGCUGCAACAGUUACCAUUUCGUCACCUCAGAGGAAUCUUACCACCAACCGCAGGAUGACAGUGACACGGAGGUGUCUGUGCUGUGUCAAGUACCUCAUGUUCAUCUUCAACUUGAUCUUCUGGCUGGGGGGAUGUGGCCUGUUCGGUGUGGGGGUCUGGCUGUCCUUCAAACAGGCAGAAAUCUCAUCCCUCCCUCUGUCCUUUCCCUCACUCUCUGCUGCCAACCUGCUGCUGGUCGCCGGGGGUAUCACCAUGGUGACAGGCUUCCUGGGCUGCCUAGGUGCCCUGAAGGAGCAGCGGUGUUUGCUGAUGACGUUUUUCGUUAUCCUCUUGAUCCUGGUUUUGACGGAGGUGAUUAUGGCUGUGACUGUUCAUAUCUACAAGGAGGAGCUGGAUAAAAAAGCGCAGAAUAAUUUGUUAGAGGGAAUGAAAGACUACCUGACCGACGAACGUCUGCAGCUAUCAUGGGACUCCGUGCAGAAAAUGUUCAAGUGCUGUGGCGUGAUAAACCAGACGGACUGGUACCCGGUAUUGAGCAUUGACGGCAAACCCACUUUGCCAGCCUCCUGCUGCCUAAGCGGUCAAGAGUGUGGACGUGGUUGGGAUGAGCCUUGCUAUCAAAAGGCCAGAACGUGGCUCCUCGGUAACAUCACAUCGGUGCUGGUGUUCGGGAUCUGCAUCGUUAUUGUCCAGCUCCUGGCUUUGGUCUUCUCCAUGAUGAUGUACUGCCAAAUCAGGCGGGCAGAGAAGUAUCUGGACUGACCUGGUCUGCUGCACAGAGGUGCGAUUUGGGCGGAGAUGAUUCCAAGAACUCACUCUCCCGACGCUUUUAUUUACACCUCUGUUGCGCAGCAUCCACCUGCUAUGAAUGUUCAUACGCAACCUAUCUCUUACCUAUGCUUAAGGUGAACAAUAUAAUAUUUCAGGAACUCUAGAUCAACCUUUGCGUGCCAUCAAAAAUACUGUUAUGGACUGCCAUGUGUAUCUAAAGUUGUGUGGGAGUGACACAAAUGUGCAUAUAAUUCCGAUGUAAUCGUGAGUAUUGUUUUUUUCAAAUGCUGUAAUUUAGUCCACUGCUCUGAUAUCUACUAUGUCUGUUCUCCUAGAUAGGUUCCCUUCAAAGACUACUUUAUGUCACAUUUAAGAACAAGGGAAAAGAGUAUACCUGAAAAUGCUAAAUAAUUUACAGCAUCUACAGAGUAAAUACCCAUAUAUGUGCCCUGCAUGUUCCGCUUUAUCAUAGAGGCAAGCAGUUCUAUUGUGAUAUAAGGGAUGAUAUCCACAUAAUUGGGCAUUAAUGUAAACAUUUCAUGUAAAAUAACAUAUUUGCAUUGUACUGUGAUUUAUGAUUAAGGUCAAAUGGGAUUUCUUUAGAUGCUUUCAGUUAUUUAUAACCAACUGUAUGUCCCUUCUUGCCUAGGCGCAUUUUCUAUCUAUGGCAUGUACAGUAAACCAGCAAACUGCUUUUCAUUUUACUAUUAUCAUUGUAAAUAUCCGUAUCAAUUCACCGUACUAGAAUAAAGACAGCAGGCAUUUGUGUUUUCAUGCUUUCUUUAAAAAAACAUUAAAAAAUAGUUUAAAAAGCA